AUGAAGAAGAAACCCGAGAGAGGGCUCAAGGCUUUGGCUACUGGUUCUCUAGCUAUAGCCAGAUUCCAUUCUAUAUUAGAUAAAACGGAGAAGCGACUGGAAUUAGAAAUACAAAGAGAAAAUAGAGCUCCACCUCAGACGUUGGUUGGAAAAGCACGAAGAAAGGGAGAACAUGUUUUACAUAGUAAACAAGUACUAUUCUGUAUUAUUAUUCUGAACGUCAUCGACUGUAUUCUUGUAUUGGGAGAACUUAUUCUGGACAUGUAUUAUGUAAAAGGACUUCUUGAAUCAUCGGAAUCAGUGACGAAUAACUUCAUCAUUGAUAUGAAAACUAUCUAUCCGACGGAAUUGUCAGUUAUCGAAAUACCGGAUGUAGAACCACUGUAUUCUAAACUUUUGCACGCACAUAUAGAAUGGAGCCAUUCUGAAACCAACAAGCUACCGUCAGUAGUUUUUAACUGUAGUCCUGAAUUGACAACGACUUCACAUCAAGGAACCAGUCAUCAUGUAAUAGAAAAUUCCACUCCUCAUACGAUAGAAAAACGAUCUGCCAAUGUGCAUACUGAUACCCAAAUCAAUGGGACAGAUAACGAAAACGGAAACAGUACAAAGGAGGACCAUCACGAUGAUCAUCAAGGCGAUCAUGCGCAUAGUUUUGAAGAAGACCUAGCGCAUGCGUUUCAUAAAGCCAGUAUUAGUAUUUUAGCAAUUUUAGCUGCUGAGACAAUCUGUAAGAUAUUUGCAUAUGGGCUGAGAUUUUUUGAAAGAAAAUUAGAAGUAUUUGACUGUGUAAUAGUCUUUGGGUCACUCUUUGUUGAUGUCUAUUUCUUGAAAGGUAUAAGCGCCUACAAAAUACAAGAUUUUGUCAUUAUCUUGGCAUUUCUGGUACCAUGGCGGGUCAUUCGAGUAGUAAAUAGUUUGGUUGUUGCUGUAAUUGAUCACGAACACUUCCGUUUAAAACUACUUUACAAGCAGAAAAAGGAAGUGUCCCAUGACCUAAAGAAAACAAAGAGCGAAGUGAAAAAUUUACAGCAAUCAAUGGAUAUUGUGAGGAGAUUAGCAAAUGAAGCUGGUGUCACUGAACAGAAAAUAUCUCAACAUUUGGCUUUCCUCAAUCAGAAUUUAGGAAAAUCGAAAAAGAAAGGUUUAGGCUUUGGUCAUAGUUUUCCAUUAUUUCACCAUCACCAACACUCUCCAAAAUCUUCACAUUCAACCUCUGACCUGAAAUUACACCUGGAAGCAAAGAGAAACGGAAUUCUGAAAGAGGAAGGCGAAGUUACUGAACAUGUAAACAUUAUAUCCAAUGGAAAUAUAACUCUUGAUACAAUAAAUAGUCAAGUUAACGCAGGAUAUGUCGAAGAGAGAGAUGAUGGUGGUUCUUCACACGACAGUGAUGUUGUUAUACAUGUUCCCAAUGGAGAUGCCUCCCACCAUUUAUAAACAUUUGUGUAUAGUGUAUUCCAUUGAUUUGGUAUAAUUACAAUUCUAUAUUUAU